AUGGCGGUGCGAGCACCCGCAACAACUGUUGUUUCGACUGAAAAAUCUCUGACUACAGAGGCUUGCAAAUUGACAGAUGAAAGCGCUGCUGCUCUAUCUGCAGCAUUGCCAAAUGUAAAACUUACUCAACUUUGCGAACUUUAUGAUAGGAUUUAA